ACACACAGAGCACACGAGCAAACAAGACCCCUACCAGCAGAAGAAACGAGAAGGCAACAAAACACGUAUCUACGAGUAUCUUUGCGCACAUUUGAGAACCCAGGCAAAAAAGCAUUUUCUGGUUUUCUGUUUAGUUCGUUAGUUGUCUCAUUGAUACAACUGCGCUUGGUAGUUUGUUUUAUCGUCGCUGGUUUUGCUUUCGUCGCCGUCGCCGAUACCUACAGAAAAGAUACUUUUGUAUAAUUCAAAAUAACACAGACUACAAAAAAACUACGGGUUUCGAAAUUUAUGACCGGAAUCUAUCUAACCAAUCUUUCGGUUAUCUUUCAAACUCGAGUGACAGAUUUGCAUCUCGCUGGACCGUUUGCGUGCGAUUGCAAUUUUUGUGGUGUUUGCGACUUUAUACCUAUCUCGUUCCUUUUCUGGAAUUAUGAGAUAGAUCAAAAACUUUUUUGGCACAUUCUAACAAACAAAAAAAUAUAAAACUAAUAAUAAAAUCCAAUUAACACCGAGACAAUAGAUGAAAAGGCUAAUGUUCAGAGUCUUUGUGCAUUUGCGUCCGAUAAUUUGAGGGAUUACGAGGAUCCUUGAUCCUUUUUUGUACCUCGUUGUCAAAAAAAAAAAAAAACAACACAAAGGCUUUCCCUUUGUUGUUUGAAAUUCGUGUUGGCUAAUGGAAAGUGGCAGCCUCACCGGAGGUCUGAAACAAACAUCUACUUAGAUAGGCUAUAGAUACCCUAUAGCUUGCUGUUGUAUUAUACAGAGGUGUGGAUUUGUGAUAUUUUUGUGUUGUCAAUCAUUUUCUUCUUUUUUCUUUCUGACAAUCGAUUGAGUAACCGGGAGUGCUAUUUUAACAUUUUUCCCUCAUCCAUUAUUAUCAAAUGUAAAAAAAACAUCAUCCCUGUUAAAUGAAUUGAAAACUUGAAAAAAACUGACGAAUUUGCAAAGUGACAAAUCAAUUGAAAAGAUUCAAAACAAAACAACAAAGUAUACCUACGAAUAGGCUUACCUAAUCUAUUGAAGGAACAUACAAAAAAAAAAACACAAAAAAACAUUCAAGAUGCUAACUGAUAUGACGCCGACGGCUGGCCAACUCUACGGAUCCCAGAUUCCGGCAAUGGGAAUGAAUAUCUCCAAUAUCGCAUCGCAUCUACAGAAACCACAAGUUAAUCCGGAUCAUCCCGGAUUACGAGGAACACCUCUCGCCAUGUUGGCUGCGCAGUGUAAUAAACUGUCAAACAAAUCACCUCCACCACUAGCUGACGCUGCAGUCGGUAAAGGAUUUCAUCCAUGGAAAAAAAGCCCUACCUCAUCAUCAGGCGGUGGAGGAGGCAACACCCCAAGCAUCGGAACUGGCCAGCACUCACCAUGCAGCAUCUCCACAUCACCAACAGUAACCUCAAGUAUAGGAACAUCUGUUGCCAGAAGCCUCCCGUCCAGCACCAUCAACACAAUGGUCAAUAUUACAGCCAGCCUUUAUCCUUAUAGUCGACCGAUAACAUCGUCCUGUUCAGCAGUAACAAACCCCUCCUACGGGAGUGAUCUAUACUUUCCUAGUGCUACCACUUCACCCAGUGUGGCCGAAAACCAUCACAUGCAUCAGGGAUUACUCGGCAAAGUCGAAGGCACUACUUUCGGAUCCGUUUAUUCGAGGCAUCCAUAUGAUUGGCCAUUUAAUGCGGUCACUGCAUCGCAUAAAGCUGCCAGUGAGGGCGUUAAUACAGGCUGGUGGGAUAUGCAUAGUGCAGCUGGCAGUUGGUUGGAUAUGGGUGGUGCUGGCAUGCAUUCCACCAUGGCAAAUUAUGCAACCGCAGGUUCGGACUACUCAUCGUUGACACAUUCGCUUUCAAAUACAGCUCACCUCUUGGGCUCUGGUCAGCAUUUGCUACAAGAUACAUACAAAAGCAUGCUACCUGGUCAAGGAGUUGGUGGUUUUACUCUACCUCAUUCAUCGCCAGCCACUGCUUCCGGUCAGGCGGCCACCCCAUCAACCCCCUCACCACGUUCACAACGAAGAUAUGCCGGCCGCGCCACAUGCGACUGUCCCAACUGCCAGGAAGCCGAACGCCUCGGUCCCGCUGGCGUCCACCUACGCAAGAAGAAUAUCCAUUCAUGUCAUAUUCCCGGAUGUGGCAAAGUCUACGGUAAAACUAGUCAUUUAAAAGCACAUUUGAGGUGGCACACUGGCGAACGGCCAUUCGUGUGCAAUUGGCUGUUCUGUGGAAAAAGAUUCACGAGGUCCGAUGAGCUGCAACGUCAUCUUCGGACACAUACAGGUGAGAAACGAUUUGCUUGUCCCGUGUGCAACAAACGGUUUAUGCGUAGCGAUCAUCUCGCAAAGCAUGUUAAGACACACAACGGUCCAAAUAAUAACAUAAAAAAAGGCUCUUCAGAAUCCUGUAGUGACUCAGAAGAGACCAACCAAUCUGAAGUAAUGCACCAUAGCAGUCAUCCAGGCACCCCCACCCAUCAAACCAUGAACACUGGGAUGUCUCAUCAUAUGGGUGGCUCGCCAGUCAUGCAACAGCAUCAGUCUCAACAUCACCACCAUGCACCAAGUCCCAAUAUGGAUCAUCACAAUCAGAUGGAUGUUAAGCCACCACCUCCCAUGGCUUGAGGUUCAAUUGGGCCCUUCAUCUUUGCUGCCAACCAAAGUAGUGGAGUAGGGUCCUUUUAAAGUGGCUUCUUUCGAAUGCCCUAUAUCCUUAAUCUAGCAUAAGAAAUCACAAAUCGUAAUUUUCCCCAUCCCAAAAUCACAAACACACACACAAAUUACAAAAAUUCAGGGUAUUUAAAAAAAAAGAUGAAAAAUAGGUAUUUUUUUUGUCUGCCUAUGUAAAUAAAUAAUUAAUUAUAUUAAAUAAAAAAAAUUUCAAUAUAAAUGUCAAUAUCAUUUAGCUAAACCAAAAUUUUUAUUUAAAUAAAAAAUUUUAAUGGGUUUUAAUAAUUGUAAAUAUAAAAAAUAUUGUAAAAUAAACAUCAUCUAUUUAUACAAAGG